UCUUCAAGAUCUGUUAUUUUUAGCACUUUUGGUCAUAUCUAGCAAACCCCAUUUUGACCAUUCCACCAUUUUUAUUGCUCCCAUGAAGAGGCCAGUUAGACCUUUGAUAAGCAUUUUGAUGCUUGUUGCAUUGGCAGCAACACUAAGCUGUCGGAUUACCAUCCUCCGAGGCGGUGGAUUUGCUGGUUCAGCUGAAUCGGGGAUCCAAUCCCCACCGAUUCAAGUUUUUAACUCAACAUUGCUCAAAUUUGCAGCUGUUAAUAUAGGUGAAGAAAAAUCCAAGCUUGAAAUUGAGCAGCUGCUGGAAGGGAACUUUGCCAGUCAAGGAAGAUACAGGACUUUUGCAGCAUGGAGGAGGUUCAAUCAUCAUGAUGUCAAAGCUAGAAAUUCUAAUGGGUUGCCGGUAAUGCUCAGGUCCCCUAAAUUUUAUCGAUAUUGGUUAGAGUUUAGGAGGAACUUACAGCUCUGGGCAAGAAAAAGAAUGUUCCAACCUGAUAUUUUGAUGGAUUUAGUUAGAUUAGUAAAGGUCCAUAUUGAUAGCCACAAUGGUUUAAUGAGUUCAGAUAACAAGUACAAAUCUUGUGCUGUUGUGGGGAAUAGUGGGAUUUUAUUGAAUAGUGAUCAUGGGAAGUUGAUUGAUGGUCAUGAGGCGGUGAUUAGAUUGAACAAUGCUAGGACUGAGAGGUUCGAAAAGGAUGUCGGAUCGAAAACUAGUAUUUCAUUUGUAAAUAGCAAUAUACUGCAUCUUUGUGCUAGGAGGGAAGGGUGUUUUUGCCACCCUUAUGGAUGGAAUGUUCCUAUGGUUAUGUACGUCUGUCAACCGGUUCAUUUCAUGGACUAUUUGGUAUGCAAUUCAUCUCACAAGGCACCUUUGUUGAUUACAGAUCCGCGUUUUGAUAUGCUGUGUGCUAGGAUUGUGAAGUAUUACUCGGUAAAACGAUUUGUGGAGGAAACAGGGAAGCCAUUGGGUGAAUGGGGAUCUACUCAUGAUGGCUCCAUGUUUCACUAUUCCUCUGGAAUGCAAGCUGUUAUGCUAGCCUUGGGAAUUUGUGACAAAGUUAGUAUAUUUGGUUUUGGCAAAUCAACUUCCUCGAAACAUCACUAUCAUACUAAUCAGAAGGCUGAGCUCCGAUUACAUGACUAUGAGGCGGAAUAUGCAUUCUAUCGUGAUCUGGUGAAGAAUCCAAGGGCAAUACCAUUCAUUUCGGACAAGUUCAGGUUCCCUCAUGUGGUAAUCUAUCAAUGAUUUUGGCUGAUUGAUUUUGUUUUCCUUGUUUUCUUGGUCAAGAUAAAAUCGUUGUGUUCAUGUUGUAUCCGUAAUUCUCUAGUGGAUAGUCAAAAGGAAACACAGUUGCUGAAGAUAUCUGUUUCAUAUUUUGGACCUGCACUGUCAAAGAUGGUUGAGGGUAAUAUGAAAUGUAAAAUUGGAAACUUAGAAUAUGAAGUAAGAUAUUGAUUCUUGAUUUGCUUUGGUUGAAA